AUGAGUUAUCCUUCGAUCUCAUUUCGAUUCGCCUUAUUCCUCACAUUUUCUCUCACGGCGUCAUCAUCCUUGCCACCGUUACCGUUUUCUUGGAAGCGUAACGUUCCCUCGUCCUCUUCCACUUCCAAAGCAACUCCCUCUGACUUGUUGUCUCUCUUGGGUUCCAAACAUCAGUCCUCAGCUGUGAAUCCCUUGGUAGCACGUGAGCUCAAAUCAUGCUUCAAAUUCCUCGUUCCUUUCUAUCCAGUAGAGUCUCCUCACCGGAAGUUGGGCUUGGGCCGCCCCAAACUCAUCGGUCCAAGUCUGAGAGAGCAGAACGAGUUUAUUUGGUGGCCGCCUGAACCCGUUUUGGAGCUGGCGCGUCUCGCCGUCGAAUCUGGCGGCGAGCCCGACGCUAUUAAUCGCCUUCUCGACCCAACCAUUAACCCCGUACCUGAUUGUGAAGGAUCAAAGGAAGAACGGUGUGAACUCACCAGAACUCCCUAUGGCAGACGCUUCAUUUGUGAGGAACUGAACCUGUAUCUGCAGUUUUUGUUUGAACUCAUUAUUGAUCGAGGUCCUUCAGUUGGGUUGGAUGUUACCUUGAACCGGUUUGAUCUGUUCCAUGGUCACCUUUUUCUAGCGGUAGACUCUGGAAGACUUGGUAUCUUAUUCCAUGCAAAGGAAUACCCAGCGUAUGAUAAACAAGUGUUCCCGUACAACAUGGGUUUUUGUCAGAGAGGGUCCAAUGUGACAUACGAUGAUUCAAUGAACCUGAGAAAUAUUCUCUGGUUGGCUCCAAUGCCUGGUGAUUCUGACGAAUCUUGGGUGGCACCGGGUGUUCUGGUAGUGCUGGAUGCUUGUCCUGAUGGAAUCAUAUACAGAGAUCUAAUACCUGAUUAUGUAAAUUUUGCAAGGACUAUAUAUGAAGAUGAUCUUGGGAAUGUUGCUGUUGAUGUGAACUACUUGAAUGUUGGAUCUGAAACCGGAAAUUAUCAAAUAUUCAUAUGCUGA